AUGACAGAACCCGAACAGCUUUCCCUCGAGGAGUUGCCAGCACCGGCUAGUCAUGCACAAGAUAGUUCUGACAUCGAGCGAAGGGUUAUAGAUACAGAGCCGACUGAUUCAAGCCAGGUUGAAUCGAACAAAACCAAGAUCACUGUACUUAUUGGCUCUGGAAUUCUCCAGCUACCGAUCUGGGGCUUUGCUAUGAGCUAUGGUGUUAUUCAAGAAUACUACUUCGACAACUGGACGUUUGAGGGGGAUCGCAGCAUUACCGGCGUAAUAGGCACGACCGCAAAUGGUGUCAUGUAUCUAUCCAUGCCCUUCCUCUUCGCUCUUUUCACUCGACGAUGGGCCCAUCGACGACAGCUUGCCGCUCUUUGUGGUAUCGUGAUUGCAUGUGCAAGUUUCUUCGCGUCUGCUUACUGCACCACGGUUUGGCAGCUGCUUGCGACUCAGGGAGUGACCUCUGCACUGGGUUGCGCCCUCAUUUACAGUCCAACCACGCUCUCUCUCGGCGAGUGGUACACUUCCAGCAACCGUGCUGUAGCAUACGGGAUUGUUCUGUCUUGCAAAAACAUUGUUGGCACUAGCUGUCCAUUCAUGCUUCGAGCGAUGAUCGAUACCUAUGGCUUUCGGACAACUCUGAAAGCAUGGACUGCGAUAGUGGGUGGAUUGAGUAUUAUUGGCAUCUUCAUGAUCCCAACACACCCAUCGAAAGUCGAGGUCCACAAAACUCGCGCUCGCAGAAUUCCCUGGCAUUUUCUCCGACACCGUUCAAUUUACUUCUACAGUAUCGCCAUCAUUUUCCAGAGCUCUGGAUACGGUAUCCCACAGACGUAUCUAAGCACCUACGCUCGAGAUGUUGCUAUGUUGUCUCAGACCUCGGGAACCCUGAUGCUGGCCGUUUUCAACGCGCCUGGUAUCAUUGCGUCCUCCUUCUUUGGGUGGCUGAGCGAUAACAAGCGUAUCUCUUUUUCUGUCCAGGUCGUUUGCGCCAUACCACCACUUUUCUCGGCUCUCGCUGCAUUUCUCUUAUGGGGCUUGACGACACAGGGUGCUAUAGGUCUCCUUAUAGUGUUCUCGAUGACGUUUGGAUUCUUUUCCAGUGGUUACAGCGCUACUUGGGGCGGGAUCCUCAAGCAGAUGGAACGCGAGGCUGCCGAGAUGAACGAGGCGGUCGAUCCUGGAAUGCUCUAUGGUCUACUAAACGGCGUCAGAGGAAUCGGCUAUGUGAGUGGCGGAAUUGCAGGUGUUGGAUUACUUGAUGCCGGAACUAUAGCGGCGAGUCAGCGCUUCGCCUAUGGAAGUUCCUAUGGACCACUGAUCAUCUUUACGGGACUUUCGUCACUUCUUGGGGGCUGGGUUGUUCUCUGGAGGUGGAGUCCGAAGAGAUUAUUGCCAUUAUUGAAGAGGGCACAGGGUGUACGAAUGCCUCAACGAGUCUAG